CUCCUUAACCAUCCUCUUUUGUCCUUUCCACACAAACUUGAGAAUUUACUCUCUGUCAGAGUUCUUUCCAACCCCCACAUGAUCACCCUUCUCCUCCAGUAGAGUGCAAAUGCUGCACAACUCAGACACUGAUCAAACAAAAGAACAACAACAAAGAUGCAGCUGAAAACUCAGUUUUUCUUCUACUUCUGUUGUAUGUUCUGUUUCUCAUAUGGCUUUGCGGCUGCAGCGAAUGAUGAAGCUUCUGCUUUACUCUCUAUAAAAGCAGGUCUUAUUGAUCCACUGAAUAGCCUGCUUGAUUGGAAAUUGUUGGUCAAAGCAAAAGGAAAGGGUGCAGCUCAUUGUAACUGGACUGGUGUCCAGUGCAACUCAGCUGGAGUAGUAGAUAGCCUUGAUCUCUCCCGCAUGAAUCUGAGUGGCAUUGUGUCCAAUGAGAUACAAAGUCUAAAGAGUCUUACUUCUCUCAACUUGUGUUGCAACGAAUUUUCCUCUUCAUUAUCAUCCAUAGCCAAUCUCACCACACUCAAGACUCUUGAUGUGAGCCAGAAUUUCUUCACUGGUGACUUUCCAUUAGGCCUUGGAAAGGCAUUGGGACUUACGACCUUAAAUGCAUCCAGCAACAAUUUCUCUGGCUUUCUUCCUGAGGAUCUGGGAAAUGUCUCUUCCUUGGAGACUUUAGAUUUCAGAGGCAGCUUCUUUGAAGGGUCAGUUCCAAAAUCCUUCAGUAACUUGCACAGGCUGAAGUUCCUCGGUUUAUCUGGGAAUAAUCUCACUGGAGAAAUCCCUGGAGAGUUGGGCCAACUUUCAUCACUGGAGUGCUUGAUCCUUGGAUAUAAUGAAUUUGAAGGUGGUAUUCCAGCUGAGUUUGGAAAUCUGACCAUGUUAAAGUAUCUUGAUUUAGCAGAAGGCAAUCUUGGUGGUGAAAUUCCAGCCGAGUUGGGAAAGCUCAAACUGUUGAAUACAGUUUUCUUGUACAAAAACAAAUUAGAAGGCAAGAUUCCACCGACAAUUGGCACCAUGACUUCAUUGGUGCAGCUGGAUCUGUCAGACAACAUGUUAUCAGGAAAUAUACCGGCUGAAAUAAGUCAGCUGAAGAAUUUACAGCUUCUGAACUUCAUGCGCAACCGGCUAUCUGGUCCUGUGCCUUCUGGCCUUGGAGACUUGCCUCAACUUGAGGUGCUUGAGCUAUGGAACAAUUCCUUGUCAGGGUCAUUGCCUAGAAACCUUGGCAAGAAUUCACCGUUGCUGUGGUUGGAUGUAUCAUCUAAUUUGCUUUCCGGUGAGAUUCCAGAAACUCUUUGCACCAAAGGCUAUCUCACCAAGCUCAUACUUUUCAAUAAUGCCUUCAUGGGUCCAAUUCCGGCAAGCCUAUCAACAUGUCCUUCAAUUGUCCGUGUUCGAAUUCAGAACAAUUUUCUUUCUGGGACAAUACCUGUGGGCCUUGGUAAGCUUAGGAAGCUUCAGAGGUUAGAAUUAGCAAACAAUAGUCUCACUGGUGGAAUUCCUAAUGACAUUGGUUCUUCUACAUCCCUUUCUUUCAUUGAUUUUUCCACAAACAAUCUCCACUCUUCUCUUCCUUCAAACAUUCUUUCCAUUUCAAAUCUGCAAACUUUAAUUGUCUCGAACAAUAACUUGAGAGGUGAAAUCCCAGACGAAUUCCAGGAUUGUCCCUCACUAGGUGUCCUUGAUCUCUCACGAAAUGAACUCUCUGGAGGCAUUCCAGCAAGCCUUGCAUCAUGCCAGAAAUUGGUAAACUUGAACCUACAGAAUAACCAAUUAACGGGUGAAAUCCCAAAAGCAUUAGCAAGCAUGCCUACAUUAGCAAUUCUUGAUCUUGCCAACAACUCUCUGAUUGGUCAAAUACCUGGAAACUUUGGUAGCUCUCCAGCUUUGGAAACAUUCAACGUCUCGCACAACAAGUUAAAAGGUCCUGUCCCAGAAAACGGAGUGCUAAGAACAAUAAACCCAAAUGAUCUUGCGGGGAAUGCUGGCUUGUGUGGUGCUGUCCUCCCCCCAUGUGUCCAAAUCUCUGCAUAUCCGUUAAGGCGUGGGAAUUCAUAUCCAAAGCACAUUAUUGUAGGAUGGAUCAUUGGAAUAUCAUCUAUACUAGCCAUUGGGGUUACGACUGUGGUAGCAAGAUCUUUAUACAUAAGGUGGUACACUGAGGGAUUGUGCUUCCAGGAAAGAUUUUAUAAGGGUAGGAAGGGGUGGCCAUGGAGAUUGAUGGCCUUUCAGAGGCUUGAUUUUACAAGUAGUGACAUUUUAUCUUGCAUUAAGGAUACAAAUAUGAUUGGUAUGGGAGCGACUGGGGUUGUCUACAAGGCUGAGAUACCACAAUCUAGUACAAUCGUGGCUGUCAAGAAGUUGUGGAGAUCAGGAUCUGAUAUCGAAGUAGGAAGCAGUGAUGACCUUGUUGGUGAGGUGAAUCUUUUAGGGAGGUUAAGGCAUAGGAACAUUGUUAGACUACUGGGAUUUCUUUACAAUGACGCUGAUGUGAUGAUAGUUUAUGAAUUUAUGCACAAUGGAAACCUUGGAGAUGCUCUGCAUGGUAAACAAGCUGGGAGAUUACUUGUAGACUGGGUUUCCCGAUAUAACAUAGCUCUAGGAAUUGCAGAAGGACUUGUUUAUCUUCAUCAUGAUUGUCAUCCACCUGUUAUCCAUCGAGACAUAAAGUCAAAUAAUAUACUGCUUGAUGCAAAUCUUGAUGCAAGGAUAGCAGAUUUUGGGUUGGCUAAGAUGAUGCUCCGGAAGAAUGAAACAGUCUCCAUGAUUGCUGGAUCUUAUGGAUACAUUGCCCCUGAAUAUGGAUACUCCUUGAAAGUGGAUGAAAAGAUUGACAUUUACAGUUAUGGAGUGGUUCUGUUGGAGCUUCUGACUGGAAAGCGGCCCUUAGAACCAGAGUUUGGAGAAUCUAUAGACAUAGUAGGGUGGAUUAGAAGGAAGAUAGACAAAAAAUCUGCACAUGAAGCAUUAGACCCGAGUGUAGGAAACUGCAGGUAUGUUCAAGAAGAGAUGAUUUUAGUUCUCAAGAUAGCACUUCUAUGCACUGCCAAGUUCCCCAAGGACAGACCCUCCAUGAGGGAUGUUAGAAUGAUGCUUGGAGAGGCAAAGCCUAGGAGAAAAAGUGGCAGGAGCAGUGAAACAUUUUCAGCUAACAAGGAAAUGCCAGCUAAUAUUAGCAAACCAGCAGUUAAUGGCCUUCUUUAGAAACCUAAUUUGAAGUUUUCCCAGGCCAGCUACCAGAUUUUAAUUGUACUUACAGUUGUAGUUUUGUGAAUUUCUUGUAAUUUCGUAGUCAAUUCAGUGGUGUUAAAAUAUCUACAUCAAGAUGGAUUAACUUUUGCGAGGAAUUUUCCAUGUAUUGUAGUUUUGAUGAUUAAGCAUGUAUUACAGUCAGAUGAGAACCAUAAAAAGCAAUUGUACCUACCAUCAUUUGAAUAGAACGCAUAUAAUUUCCCUUUUUGUUUCAUUUUGUCAUGCGUAUUUGGCUAUGUAUGCAAAUAACAUACUUUUUCAUUGGUUAAAGUCAAUGGAAUUCUUAUUUACGAAUCAUUUUUGCCAUGUCUAAAUCAAGAUCCAUCUGCAUCAAAAUGAGUGCCACAAAUAUCUAGAAAUGAAGACUUCAGAUCAAAACUCCCGCAGUUAUUCUUUGUGAACCCGAGAGAUGACUUGUGCUUCAAGUUAUUGCGAGGCUUGCACUAAAAGCAUUAUUCUUCCACAAUUUUCAAUGAGUGCCAUAUUAAAAUUAUGGUACUGGUCAGUUUCUAAAACAGGUAGUCAUUCAACUGAAAUUUGAAUUACAGUAGCAAGGAAA